UGGAAGUGUGUGUGUGUGAGUGGGUUUGGGUGGGUGUGUGUUCCCUCCUCAGCUCUGUGGACUUUAACCUCUGCUCGCCGUCUGAGCUCGGACAUGGACGUCCCCGACUCCCCCCAUGGGAUUAUGGGGCUUUUAAGGACCUUUGACUCUUCUGAGUUUGUGAGCUGGGAGAAGAUAGGCUCAGGUGGUUUUGGACAGGUCUACAAGGUCCGGCACAAACAGUGGAAAACAUGGCUGGCUAUGAAAUGCCCCCCCUGCCUUCAUGUGGAUGACAAGGAGCGUUCGGAGCUGCUGGAGGAGGCCAAGAAGAUGGAGGCAGCCAAGUUCAGGUACAUCCUCCCUGUUUAUGGGAUCUGUGAGGACCCCCAGGGCCUGGUCAUGGAGUACAUGGAGACCGGAUCCUUGGAGACCCUGUUGGCGACCGAGCCGUUGCCGUGGGAACUCCGCUUCCGCAUCAUCCACGAGACGGCGGUCGGGAUGAACUUCCUGCACUGCAUGAACCCGCCUCUGCUGCACCUGGACCUGAAGCCGGCCAACAUCCUGCUGGACGCCCACUACCACGUCAAGAUUUCUGAUUUCGGCCUGGCCCGCUGGAACGGCCUGUCACGAGCCGACGACAUCAGUAGGGACGGAUUCUGCGGAACCAUCGCCUACCUGCCUCCGGAGAGCAUCAUCGAGAAGGACAGAGUGUCGGACACCAAACACGACGUCUACAGUUUCUCCAUCGUCAUCUGGGGGAUCCUCACACAGAAGAAACCAUACCAAGGUGACAAUAACAUCCUUCAGAUCAUGGUGAAGGUGGUGAAGGGCGUGCGUCCAGACCUGGCGGCGGUGCCUCGGUGUCGGCCUUCCGCCUGUACCGGCUUCCUGGGCCUCAUGCAGCGCUGCUGGGCCACCAACCCCAACGCCAGACCCAGCUUCCAGGAAAUCACAUCUGAAGCUGAGGAGUUGUGCUCUAAACCCCAGGAGGAGCCCAAGACCCCCACCUUAUCGACAUCGGAGCCAGAGCCCACGUCCCCUAAUGGACUCCCCCCUGACGAGGUUAAAGACAACAAACCGGUGCGCCCAAAGUCGGCCGUGUUGCCGGAGAAAGAUUACAGCCUGUCGGAGCUGCUGAGCCAGGUGGAUUCUGGGAUAUCCAGGAGUUUUGAUCGAGUGAAGGAGGAGGGUUGUCACAGCAAAGAGAACACGUGCAAGAGGCUGUCGGGCAUUUCAUCUGCAGAUUCAGCCUUUUCCUCCCAGGACUCCAUCACUCUGUCGUUUGAGAAGGAAAACACAUGCGAUUCUGCUGAAGUCCAGAAGAGGAAGCUGUGUGAGGCGAUCCGGACCAAAGACACAGCCAAGCUCAUGAAGAUCCUCCAGCCCCAGGACGUCGACCUCCUAUUGGACGGCGGUGGCAGCCUGCUCCACCACGCCAUCGCCCUGAGCAACGAGGAGGCUGUGAAGUUCCUGCUCCUGAACAACGCCAACCCCAACCUGGCCAACGCCCGCGGGUCCACGCCGCUGCACCUGGCCACGGAGAAACACCUGAAGCCAUUGGCGGAGCUGCUGCUGGGCCGCCGCAGCACCAACGUCAACGCCAAGGAUGAGGACCAGUACACCGCCCUCCACUGGGCGGCGCAGAACGGCGACGAGGCCAUCACGCGGCUGCUGCUGGACCGGGGGGCGGCCAUUAAUGAGACCGACGGCCAGGGGCGCACGCCGGCCCACGUCGCCUGCCAACACGGCCAGGAGAACGUCAUCAGGGUUUUGCUGAGCCGUGGUGCCGACGUUCGCGUCAAGGGGAAGGACAACUGGACGGCGCUGCACUUCGCCGCCUGGCAGGGUCACCUGGGCAUCGUCAAGCUGCUGGUGAAGCAGGCCGGCGCCAACGUGGACGGGCAGACCACAGACGGCCGCACGCCGCUGCAUCUCGCAUCCCAGAGGGGGCAGUACCGAGUCGCACGCAUCCUCAUCGAACUGGGGGCUGAUGUUCACACGACAUCCGCGGGGUUUAAUACGCCUCUGCACGUGGCGGCGGAGACCGGCCACACCAGCACAUCCCGCCUCCUGAUCAAACACAAGGCGGAUAUCCACGCCUUCAAUGCCCACGGACUCACCCCUCUGCACCUGGCGGCUCAGCGAGGUCACCUGGCCACGGUCAAGAUGCUGAUAGAAGAGGGCGCUGACGCCUCCAGACCCAGCCACGCCCUCCGCACGCCCUGCCACUUGGCGGCAGAGGGUGGGCACUGCGAAGUCCUGAAGGAGCUGCUCCACCACUGCCCGGACGGCGGCAGUCAGACGGACGAGCAGGGCCUCAGCCCGCUGCACCUGGCGCUCCAGGGCGGAUACUCCAACAUCGUCACCAUGUUGGUCCCACAAGACUGUCAGGACUUAGUCUCUGAGAACUCACCUGAAAACGCAAGGCCCGCCCCCCCACCAGUGGCGAAGCAGCUUCAGAGGAAGGUCGUCAUCCUCAAACUAACGGAACACAACGACAAAGACAGUCCACAGCCCAGCGGCUCAGCACUGGCCUCAGCUCCGUGCUAACAGCGACAGCACGCUGCUACAGACUGUCCAGAAACAUGUCCGAUGUCACGUUUAAAGGAACAGAAGACUUUCAUCACCAGUUUUUCCUCAGAUCUGUCAAACCUCAGUCAUACCCUCAGUAUCAUGAAUCUGUAAGUCUGUCUGUCAUUACUCACCUGAAUCUCUUGCAUUAUGGUGAACAGUUUCUUCA